ACCAUCCUGUUCUGUGCAGGUAUCGUGUACUUCGCAGAAGACAGAAUUCUGUUCUCUUCCAGUGGGGCUCUAAGUGCUGUAGUAGGGCAACCAACUGCAUCGCGGCACACAGCCAAUGCCUAACAGCCGUGCGCAUGGGCCGCCCUUCUCAUGCAACUCAACCUGUCUGGGCGCUGGGAGGGUGACGAGAUUGUGAUCGUCCAUGGCAUAGGUAGUAUAUAUCACAAUGAGGAACCGCGAUCUCAUCGCCGAAGAGCUGGGGCCCAGCAGAACGAGUACAAAGACGUCAUGGCCACCCAAGUGCUUGCCCACGCGCACGAAGACUUCCUCCGGUUAUUCCACAGUCGGGAAGCAAAGCUUCGUGGAAAACCCGCCGUAGAUGCUCUCAACAAUGCACAGCAUGCGGCGCUACGCAAAAAGCUCGAGUCGGUACAUUUCAUACCUCCAGUCUGGUCUCUCGCAACCCAGAAGGGUGUUGCUGAUACCACAAAGAGACGGGAGAGGUACGUGGACUGAUUUGCACCAAGCAGUGUCUUGCGAUCUGUGACCGUGCUGCAAGCAAAGCUUCGUCGGAGGCGGUUCAUGUGCUGGAAGAUGUUGACAUUGGACGUGAUGGCCAG